CGUACUCCAUUAUUGUUGUUAUAGAUCGAUGGUGAAAUAUCAUCCGCAACCAUAAUUUUUAGGACGUUCUAUAGAAAUAGAAAGAAAAGAGAAAGAGUGAAAAUAAAGUAAUACUGACUUUUUUAUAAAAAGAAGAUUCGUAAUAAAAACAAAGAAAUAGAAAACAAACGUUUGCUAAUGAUGGACGAGGAUGCACGCACACUUUAUUGCGGGAAUCUAAGUGAAAAAGUCACAGAGGAUAUUCUCUACGAGUUAUUUCUACAAGGAGGUCCUGUACAAAAAAUAACUAUUCCUAAAGAUCGCGAUGGUAAGCAGAGAACGUAUGGAUUUAUCACAUACAAACACACACGUUCCGUGGAGUAUGCUUUGCAUCUGUUUGACGGUACCACACUGUAUAAUCGUACUCUUAAUAUGAAACUGAGGAAUAACACAGAGUCGCAACAAGCAGAACAAUCAUUGAAUCCUGUUCGCAAUAUGAAUCAUAUGUUGGAGCUGGGCCAACAAAUGAUCUUAGGAACGUAUCCAUCACAGAGUAACGCCAUGUUUGGUAUGAAUAUUUCACAGGACGGUCUAACAUAUUCAAGGCAGUUAGACACAACGUCUGGCAAUGAUGAUAGAAUUAGAAGAAAUCAUCCUUAUCAAAGGAACAGAGAUAGGAAACAGGAGAGAGACAGAGAUAGAAAUCAAGAGAGAGACAGAAAUCGAGAGAGAAACAGAGAUAGAACAAGGGAGAAAGACUGGGGAAGAAGCAGAGAACAAAAUCAUAAUGAUCAUCACAGAGAUGAAAGGUUAUAUUACAAUAGAGAUAAUAAUUAUCGUUUUAAUGACUUUCGAUAUAAUGAUAAUAGAAAAAGAAGGACUUAUUGAUAAUACGUAUUUGGCGCGUAGUUGCUAAAAUUAGACUUUCAGUCGAUUUUUAAAUUACACAGGGAAUGAACAGAUUUAACUAUAGUUCCAUUUUAUAAAUAUGUAAUAAAUAUGUAUCUCGAUAUUAUUUUGUUAGCAACGGUUAUAAUGUUCACAUUUUAUAUU